GACCCCGUCGGCCCCUGGCCUCAGCCCUCGCAAGACGCUGCGGCGUCUUCCGGGGCCUGGCGGGCCGGGGACCGAGGGGGCGGGGAGGUGACCCGGCGGGGGUGGAGCCGGCGCGGCGCGGAAGACGGCCAUGCGUUGCGUGGGGGCGAUCUUGCGGCUGGCGGCGCUCGGCGCCCGGGACCUGAACCCGCGGCGGAACAUCUCCUCCUGGCUGGCCCGGUGGUUCCCUAGAACCCCAGCCAGGUCCGUGGUGGCCCUGAAGACCCCCAUCAAGGUGGAGCUGGUGGCAGGGAAAACCUACAGGUGGUGUGUGUGUGGCCGCAGCAAGAAGCAGCCCUUCUGUGACGGCUCGCACUUCUUCCAACGCACUGGCCUAUCUCCCCUCAAGUUCAAGGCCCAAGAGACCCGUACGGUGGCACUCUGUACCUGCAAGGCCACUCAGAGGCCCCCGUACUGCGAUGGCACCCACAGGAGUGAGCGUGUGCAGAAGGCAGAAGUGGGCUCCCCACUCUGAGGGGGCUGCUGCUGUCCAGCCACAGGUGGCCUCAGCUCCUGGCCUCUGACAGCCAACCCCUUCUGUGUGGGAAAGGAAACAGGUGCUGAGCCCAAGAAAGAGAUUCUGGUACCCACAGCUGGCUCAUGAAGGAAGAAUUAUUCCUUAUAGCCUAAAAGUCUCCAGUCUGGGGCAGGCGGGAGUGGGCCCUGGUUCAAUGUUUGCUGAUGGGGAAGAUGGCAAAAACAAGCCUGCCCAACUAGACUGGUGGUCCUGUAGUCAUUGCUGUGAGGCCCAUGUGCUGCCUCCUACUCCAGAUUUUAACCUGUCUGUGGGCUGGGGGCUCCUGACCAGUCGCCACAGGAGAGAGCAGUUCAUAUUCAUUAAGUAUGGGGACCCCAAAUCAGGCUGAACCCAGAGAUGAGAGGCACCCUUCCCUUCUUCCCUCUACCCCAAAGAACUACAGGCUCCAGAAAGUAUGCAGCAUUUAUUACAAAGCCAAGAGAUACAGAUGUCCCAGGGCAGAGGAGGGUACAGUCACAGGACCUCAGACACAGGACAAGGUGCAAACACAGACAAGCCCAUCAGGGGACUCCCAACCCCACACACCCAGGCUGUGAUGGAAUCUUGAGUCUCAACUCCCGUCUCCUCCCAGAUCUACGCACACCUGAGGAAAUCUCGGUGGGCAGGGACCUGCCAGGGUCUGUCCCUAAGGAGGUGGUCUGCUGACCUCUCGAGGAGUGGGGGUGGGGUCAGAGCUUACAGGUUUCUGUCUUCUUGUGCUUUUAGAUGCAGUUGCUCUGUCCUGACCAGGUGACCGGGCCUCAGCUGGGGGUGGAGGGGCAACUGGAAGGCUGUUUGCCUUUGGCAAAGUCUGGGGUCUGUGCUUGUGUGAGGUUAACCCACCCCAACCUCCACUCUAGACCCCAGGUGAGACUCCACCACCAGUCCUGCUAGUGAGGGUUCCCGGGUGAGGGUAGAGUUGGUGGGGGUGCAGUGCUUCACAAUGCUAAAGCCACAGUGGAACUCCAAGGGCUGAGACCUCUCAGGGCCUGAAUCUUCUUUUCCACAAGAUAGAUGAUGCAAAGGCCACACACACACACACACAAAAAGAGGCAGAACUAUGUAUUCUUUGCACAAAGUUUCCACUGCAAGAGGAGGAGGUGAUGCAGGUGCCACCUCCACCCCGCACUUGCUCCUCAGAACCAGGGAUAAACUGCAUUUGUAAAAGGCACUGUUCUUAGCAAUUUCUGGACAUUCAACAAUGCGGGGGACAGCCACUGGUCAGAGGCAGGACAGCAGCCAAGAUGGGGAGAGAAACGGGGAAAGAAACAAUUCUAACCGACUCCUAUAUGCAGCCAGUUGGAAUCGUGCCUAAAGCUUUGGGGCUGAAGGGGUCCCAACACACCAUCUGCCUUGGGAAACAGCGAGGACCGUGCAGAGCUUCACUGAGCCUCCAGCGGCCCAUCCAAUUCAUCUCUAGGCACCCCCAAAAAGAGCAAAUUACACAAGAUCCCCCCAAAAAUGAACACCAUUUUCCACACAUACACACACACACACAUAAAGUUUGUUUCCUGUGGCA